AUGGUGAGCCGCGGCGGCGCGCGCGGGCUGCUGGGCGCGUACGAGCUGGGGCGGACGCUCGGGGAGGGCAACUUCGGGAAGGUGAAGCAGGCGCGGCACCGAGGCAGCGGCGCGCAGUUCGCCGUCAAGAUCCUGGACCGCGCCCGCGUCGUGUCGCAGCGCGCCGACGACCAGAUACGCCGCGAGAUCGCCACGCUCAAGCUGCUCGCGCACCCCAACGUCGUCCGCCUCCACGAGAUCGCUGCUAGCAAGACCAAGAUUUACAUGGUGCUUGAGCUCGUCAAUGGGGGCGAACUGUUCGACAGGAUUGCCAGCAAGGGAAAACUACCGGAGCAAGAAGCAAGGAGGCUCUUUCAGCAGCUGAUUGAUGGUGUCGGCUAUUGCCACGAAAAGGGCGUCUAUCAUAGAGACCUCAAGCCGGAGAACGUUCUUGUUGACCGAAAAGGAAACAUCAAGAUCUCUGAUUUUGGUCUAAGUGCUUUACCGCAACAUCUCGGGAAUGAUGGAUUGCUGCAUACAACCUGUGGUAGCCCCAAUUACAUUGCCCCUGAGGUUCUGCAGAACAGAGGAUACGAUGGAUCAUUAUCGGAUAUCUGGUCUUGUGGAGUGAUUCUUUAUAUAAUGCUCGUAGGUUAUCUUCCGUUUGAUGACCGAAACAUUGUUGUUCUUUAUCAGAAGAUUUUUAAGGGUGAUACUCAGAUCCCAGAGUGGCUUUCUCCUGGUGUACAAAAUCUUCUUCGGAGGAUUCUUGAACCCAACCCGAUGAAGCGGAUCACCAUGGCAGAGAUCAAGGCAUACGAAUGGUUUCAGGAGGACUAUGUCCCUGCUCUUCCGUACGACAACGAUGAUGAAGAUUCAGAGCUUUAUAUAGCUCAUCAGGUCAAAGAGCAAAUCAGUGAACCACCUGAAGAUAAAACUACUCAUCAGAUCAACGCGUUUCAGUUGAUUGGAAUGGCAUCAUCCCUAGAUCUUUCAGGUUUUUUUGAGGAAGAGGACGUGUCCCAAAGGAAGAUCAGGUUCACAUCAACACACCCACCUGAGGAUUUGUUUGACAAGAUCGAAAAUUCUGCAAGUGAAAUGGGCUUCCAUGUUCACAGAGGCCACAGUAAGCUUAAGAUGACGCAAAACUGCAACGGAUCAGUGAAUCAAAAGAAUCCUGUUCCUGUGUCGUUUCUAGUCUGGACUGAGGUAUUUGAGCUUAGCCCCUCUUUGUACGUCGUAGAGCUCAAGAAGUCCCAUGGUGAUCCUGCAUUGUACAGACAGUUCUGUGAGAGGAUCUGCAGUGACCUGGGUGUGCUCAAGAUGGAUCAGAUCUUUGGGACGAGACCGAUCGCCGAUGAUCUUGCAAGCUUGGACAAACGAUCUGUGACACCUUUGGUUGCAUUGUGA